CGCUUGCCGAAGGCGUUGCGGAACAGGUCCGGUCACGACCAAGCGAUUACGAUUCGCGCGUUGUUUACCUCCUACUGGUGCUACAGUUUUGAUUAGACGUACCGGUACGAGAAAGAGCUUGUGUUGCGAAUUACCAACUUUGCUGGUGGUUGUGCAGAAUUGCAGACAUAAUCACGGAUCGGCAUCUACCCGUGAACCACCAUCAUGGCAUUGACCAACUUCAACCCAGAUGCCUUCUUCGAGACCUGGACAGAAGAAGAAUACUCCCCGCGGUGCAACAACAAGCCCCUAGCACAGUGUUUAGGAGAAUCCUUCGGCAUCCCCCCAACCGAUAAAUACAUCUACCGCGCCCAAGCCGAAACAACCCUCCACGCCACCCAAAGAGCCAUCGAAGCGAAGAGGGCCCACGGUCUCCAUGGAUGGUACCACGAUGACUCCGGAAAACCCUUUGACCCACCCCAAUACCCAACUGCUGAGGAAAUUCACGCCUACACCGUCCUCUUCUCCCCUCAACACAACCUCCCCACAGCCCUGAACAACUUUACCAAAUCCGCAAAAGCCGACACUCUACGCAAACGCAUAGGAAACCACCUAACCAGCCGCUUACUCAACAAAUCAACCCAGAGCCUGCUUCCAGCGAAAAGAGAUCCCAAAAAGCCCGCUCGCCAGCACAAAAACCCCUACCUCGAUCUCUGGACCUACUCCUGUGAAGAACUAGAAUGGGCCGGCCCCUUACCCUCAACAACACAUACCCGAAUCUCACAUCACAUCCUCCCAAUCUUUUACCACCACUUCGGCUGCGUCGUCCCGUCUUACGCCGCUUUACACGUCUUGGCUAAACUGGCUCAGCCGGCGCGGCCAGCGAAGGAGAAUGUACUACCUAUCCUGGAUAUAGGGAGCGGAAAUGGGUAUUGGACGUACAUGCUCCGUAACUUCCCUGUUUCGCAUAUUGGUACGGAGAAGGGACUUGAUGUCCGGGCUAUUGAUAAUCAGGUUAGUGAGUAUCGUGUGACGUGGGUUAAGGAUACGAUUAUUGUGGAUGGGAAGGAGUAUCUCAAACGGCAUGAUGGCGGGAAGGGGUGCGUAUUAUUACUCGUCUACCCGCAAGCGACAGGGGGGUUUACGGGGCCGCUGCUCAAGGCGUUCGCAGGAGAUAGGAUUGUGGUUGCGGGAACGCAGAAUGGGAAUGGGUUUACGGGGUUUCAGGAUAUGAUAGUGGACGAGUGGGUAGAGAAGAAUCUGAAGGCGUUUGAGUUGGUGCUGAGGAUGCCGUUGCCGAGUUUUGCGGGCAAGGACGAGGCGCUGUUUGUGUUUGAGAGGAGGAAGUAAGAGGGGUGGGAUGCGGAAGGGAGGGCAUAGAGGUCACGGACGCAAGGAUAGGGAUUGUAUCAUACAGCAUCUUAUAGCUGUUCAUAUUCAUCAUUCAUAUCGUAGGACAUGCCAG